ACCAUCCUGUUUAAAGGAUUAUGAACUGUUCCAAGCCAUGGAGAGAUACCUGAUGGUAACACAGGAUUUGGCUUUUCCACUGUGGAAAGGUUUCCAUACCUUUUUCACAGGACUGGCAUUUCGUUGCUUGGAUUUUAGCCUGUUUCUGCAGUAUGUUGAUUCGGGGAUUCUGACUCUUACUCCCACAUUUGUGGAACAAGUAUUAACAGAGUUGGAAGAUAACAGGGAAACUGAUAGAAUCAAGUUCCAGAUUCUCUCCAAGUUACCAAAGGAGGAAUCUGUCCAGUAUUUUAUCAAAUCUGGACAUCCAUGCAGUAAAACAUUCUUGGCAGAACAAUAUGUGCAGGCAACUCUACUGGAUGACCCCGUGCCAAGGAGCGCCAGAUCAAGUGCAUCAUCCUUUGAAGGUGAUGACCUCUCGAUGACGUCUUCAGGAGGUGCUGGGGGACUUAGUAUUGGGAGUGUUGACAGCAUGGAGGUUGGCACCUAUACUCAGCAAACUUUCCCACCCCUGUCUACUUUGCUCAAGUUACUGGAGACAAAAGAUCCAGAAUUUAAAAACAAGAUGCCAAGAAGAGAGAUGACUAGCAAUGUAAAUCAAGUAGAUAAGAUGUUCAUUGAAAGCACAGCCACCAUGUACAGAAGUAUGCAGCAGUGAUUCAGUGUGCUGUCGUCAUCACCAUGUAAUGUGGAGGA